UCAUUAAUACCUCUGUAAACAAAAAUCAAGAAGUAGAGAGAGAGAGAAAGAGUCACUCUUUUUUAUAUAGAUGUGUUUCUUCUCUAUCUAUACAAGAUUCAAAAAUCCCACCUUUUCUCUCUAACCUAAGUUCAUAAAGAUUGCAUCUUUCAACUCGUUAAUGGCUUCCAAACCUUAAUCAACAAGAAGAAGAAGAUGCUGUUGAACAUUUUCACUUACAUUUUUCUCUUCUCUUCCACCUUCUUCUUUUCCUACCUUAUAGCUUCUACUGACCCACCUUUCAACGACGACGUAUUGGGUUUGAUCGCUUUCAAAGCUGGACUUAUAGACCCAGAAUCAAAGCUAUCGUCUUGGAAUGAAGACGAUGAUGACCCUUUCAACUGGGUUGGUGUAAAAUGCGACCCGGAUACACGACGGGUUACUGAGUUGAAUCUCGAUGGGUUUACUUUGUCUGGUCAUAUUGGUAGAAGCCUACUCAGGGUUCAAUUUCUUCAGGUUUUAUCUCUUUCUGGAAACAACUUUAAUGGAACUAUAAACCCUAUUUUAUCUCAAUUUGAAAACUUGUUGGUUCUUGAUUUGAGUCAUAAUAGUUUAUCUGGGUCAAUCCCAGAUGAGCUUUUUCGGCAAUGUCGUUCGUUGAAAACUGUAUCCCUCGGUGGAAACAAUCUCACUGGUCCAAUCCCAGAUUCUUUGAAUAUGUGUUUGACGUUAGAACAGAUUGAUUUCAGUUCUAAUCAGCUAUCUGGGUCAUUGGAAUCAGGAAUUUGGUCUAUCAGUAAACUCCAAUCUCUUGAUUUAUCAAAUAACUUCUUUGUUGGAGAGAUUCCAGUAGGAAUUGGGAGUUUGAAUGCUCUGAAAGCUGUCAAUCUGAGUAUGAACAAUCUAAAUGGAGAGCUACCAGCUGACAUUGGUGAUUGUCUGUCGUUGAAAUCUAUCGAUUACAGUUGGAAUUUUCUAUCUGGUGACAUUCCUGAUUCCAUAAAGAAACUGGGUUUCUGCCAAGUUCUAUGUUUAAGUGGGAAUUCAUUCACUGGUGAAGUCCCGGAAUGGAUUGGGGAAAUGACAAGUCUUGAAAUUCUAGAUCUUUCUGCAAAUAACUUAACCGGACGAAUUCCGAGUUCAAUUGGCGAACUUCGGUUCUUGAAAGAAGUUAAUUUGUCCAUGAACAUGCUUUCCGGUGGUCUGCCGGAGUCGAUUAGAAGCUGUAAUAACCUACUGUUGUUAGACGUUGGUCAGAAUUUAUUAACUGGAAACUUCCCUCCAUGGAUUUUUGGAUCAUCAUUACAGACUGUUUCUCUUUCUGGAAACAAGCUUAGUGGAGAGAUCAAUUUUCCUUCAUCUUUGUCUUCACCUGAUCUUCAAAUGUUGGAUGUGUCUUCCAAUUCACUGUCGGGUGAAGUUUCAUAUGGAGUUGGGAGAUUCAGUAACUUGAAAUUCUUGAAUCUUUCAGGCAACUAUUUCGUCGGUUCCAUUCCGAGUUCUAUCGGUGAAUUGAACUUCACAGAGGUUAUUGAUUUCAGCUCUAAUGAACUUCAUGGAAGCAUUCCUUCUGAAAUUGGUAGUGCAUAUUCGCUUCAGAAGCUAAACCUUGGGAAGAACUUCCUUAGUGGGGAUAUCCCAAUUCAGAUUGGAAACUGUUUUCGACUAAUUGCUCUGAUUUUGUCUGAAAAUAAUCUUACUGGUUCAAUUCCUUUAGAGAUCACAAACCUAACGGAGCUCGAACUUGUAGAUUUAUCUUUCAAUGAACUUUCUGGAAGUUUACCCAAAGAACUAACAAACCUUUCUCACCUUCUUCAAUUCAACAUCUCCCAUAACCGUUUUCAGGGCGAACUUCCGGUCGGAGGUUUCUUCAACACCAUCCCACUUUCCUCCGUUUCCAACAAUCCAUCAAUGUGCGGUUCAAUCCUCAAUAACUCGUGCCCUGCAGUCCACCCUAAACCCUUAGUCCUAAACCCAAAUUCCUCGUCAGGCCCCAACAGUGGUCCUCUCUCAAGCAACUUCUCUCGCCGGAAAAUUGGUCUCAGCAUCUCUGCUUUCAUCGCCAUUGCUGCCGCCAUAUUUAUCAUCAUGGGGGUUGUUAUCAUCACCGUACUUAAUAUUCAUGCUCGUUCUUCGAUAGCCCGUGCAGCCGCUGCUGCCUUUAAAGCUCCCCCAUCCUCGAACGAGGACGAUUGCAGUCGUUCGCCGGGGAACGACUCGAGUUGUGGAAAACUGGUUAUGUUCUCCGGCGAGGCAGGGUUUGAUUCAGGAGCUCAAUCGCUGUUGAACAAGGAUAGCGAGCUUGGGAGAGGUGGGUUUGGUUCUGUUUACAAGACCGUGUUAAACGAUGGCCGAUCAGUGGCGAUCAAGAAGCUUAACAUAUCGAGUUUGAUAAAAUCGCAAGAGGAAUUCGAAAGGGAGAUUAAGAUUCUGAGUGAGGUAAGACACAAGAAUUUGGUGGCAGUGGAAGGUUAUUAUUGGACACCGUCGUUACAACUUGUGAUGAACGAGUACGUUUCAAAUGGAACUCUGUACAAGCAUCUCCAUGAAUGUGGCAACGAGGAGGAAGGCCUCAAUUGGCGGCAGAGAUUGAAGGCGAUAUUGGGGAUCGCAAAAGGGUUGUGUUUCUUGCACGAACAGAAUUUGAUACAUUACAACAUUAAAUCAACAAACGUAUUGAUAGACGAAACAGGGGAGGCGAAAGUUGGGGAUUACGGAUUGGCAAGGCUACUACCAAUGUUGGAUCGUUAUAUAUUGAGUUGUAAGAUACAGAGUGCACUCGGGUAUAUGGCGCCCGAGUUUGCUUGUCGAACUGUGAAGAUAACAGAGAAAUGCGACGUUUAUGGAUUUGGAAUUUUGGUUUUGGAAGUGGUUACGGGUAAGAGGCCGGUUGAAUACAUGGAGGAUGAUGUUGUUGUGCUUUGCGAUUUGGUUCGAGGGGCGGUUGAGGAAGGGAGGGCAGAGGAUUGCGUUGAUUCGAAAAUGAAGGGAGGAUUUCAGGCUGAGGAAGUUAUUCCGGUUAUAAAACUAGGAUUGAUUUGUGCUUCUCAAGUGCCUUCGAAUAGGCCGGAUAUGGAAGAAGUUGUUAAGAUCUUGGAGCUCAUUUGUUAGUUAAAACCGUUGUGGUCGUUGUUACCGGAGAAGAUGAAUCCACCACCGAUGUUUUCGCAUUAGAUUGAAGAAACAAGAGAGAAAUGAAAUACCCUUUUUUUUGUUUUUGUUUUUGUUUUUGGUGUAAUUUAUGUUUUUGGUUACAUUUUACAUGAUCAAUGGAUUCAUCUUCACCGGCUAUACUCUGCUAUGGACAUGGGUUUGUGUUGUUUAA